AUGAGAAUCCAAGCCACCGCGGAAACCAACUCACACAAUGCGAGGAACUGGGUUCCUCUGCUAGAUGAGCCCGCAUUCAAGCCCCGAAACAUACACAUUAUUUGUGUUGGGGCCGGCUUUUCAGGCCUCAUGUUAGCUUACGAAGCCAAGUACAACGAAUCGCUCCAAGGGUUCAUUGAUCUGACUAUCUAUGACAAGAACCACGAUGUUGGUGGAACGUGGCUUGUUAAUCGAUAUCCUGGUGUGGCAUGUGAUGUUCCAGCGCACAUUUACACUUUUCCAUUUGAGCCAAACCCUGAUUGGUCCAGUUUCUAUGCUUCAGGGCCAGAAAUAUGGGCUUAUAUCAAGAGAACGUCCGACAAGUAUGGUUUAGCUGAAAAUGUCAGGUUUCAGUCUAAAGUGACAGAGGCGAUCUGGAAUGAGGCUGCAGGUAAAUGGAAUCUAAAGGUCUUUCAAGAUGGCGAGGAAAAGGAGGACGAAUGUGAUAUAUUGAUUGACGGGUCGGGGUUCCUCAAGAACUCUUCUAUCAAUGUGGCUGGCAAAAGGGUUGCAGUCAUCGGAAACGGGUCAUCAGGUGUUCAAGUCCUUCCGCAUCUGCAAAAGACUGCUGCUCAACUGACAACCUAUGUUCGUACGCCUACAUGGAUAUUUGCCAACUACGCGUCUGAGCUUACAAAAGACGGGACAAAUUUUGCCUUUACAGAAGAGAAAAAGAAGAAAUUUCGAGAAAAUCCCGCCUCGCUCUGGAAGUUUCGUAAGGAGAUUGAGAACAGCCAAGACAACUUCUGGAACGUCUUCUUCAAAGACACAGCCGCUCAGAAAGCCGCACUCGAGAAUGCAUACAACCGUAUGCGGGAACGUCUAGGCAAUGACGAAGAGCUCUGCGAAAAGCUAAUCCCAGAUUACGAAUACGGAUGUCGACGCCCAACACCAGGCGACGGUUACCUUGAAGCUCUGCGCCAGGAGAACACGCGUGUCACUUUUGAUCCAAUCGUUCAGAUCACCGAGUCAGGGAUUCAAACUACACAAGACCAUACUGACUUUGACAUUAUCGUCUGCGCGACCGGGUUCGAUGCUAGUUUCCGCCGCUCGUGGACUGUGCAGGGGCGGAAUGGUUAUCAGCUGCAUGAAGCGUGGGGGGAGUCGCCGGAAGCGUAUUUUGGGGUUGCAACGGCGAAUAUGCCGAAUUAUUUUAUCUUCAUUGGACCGAAUAGUCCAGUGGGUCAUGGAUCGCUUCUUGAUAUUUGUGUGAAGCAGCAGGCAUUGGAUGAUUACAACGUCUACCUGCAAGAGCUCCUCAAACGAAUGGUGUGGACUGGAUCAUGCAGAAGUUGGUACAAGAACCGUAAGAAAGAGGGACAUGUUACCGCUGUAUACGGUGGAAGCCGGCAUCAUUUUCGAGAAAUUCUUGAAACAUUUAGGGCGGAGGACUUUGAUAUUGAGUAUAGAUCAGUUAACAGAUUCCGUUUCAUGGGUAGUGGGAGAACUUUGCGGGAGUCAAGAGGAGAGUACUACGUGCUAAAACGCGUGCACAAUCCUUCUCGGCCUUCCGGUCCCACGGAUUAUGAUAUGUCACUCCUGGAGGAGAAACCACGAGAAGCUACCCAGCGCCAACUAAACAUCGACGACUACACUAUGAAUUCCACCAAUACUGCUUCAGCUAUACCCGCCAUGAAGCUGAACGAUGGAAACGAGAUCCCAAUGAUAGCGUACGGUCUAGGAACUGCAAACUUCAAGAAGGGAGGAAGAACAGAUUACGACGAAAACGCGUUCAACUGCGCCCUGACUGCUAUAAAUAGUGGUUUUUAUCACCUCGAUGGAGCUUCAGCGUACGGGAACGAGGAAGAACUCGGUGCAGCUAUCAGAGCAUCCAGCGUGCCACGAGAGAAGCUCUAUGUUGUCACCAAGCUCAACGGCUGGAAGAAGCAAGACGUACAGAACGCUUUUGAUACCUCGAUGAAGAAACUUGGGCUUGAUUAUGUGGACUUGUAUCUCAUCCAUGCACCGUUCUUCGCGGAGAAGGCUGAAGAUUUACAGGAAGCUUGGGCCACCCUUGAAGCCAUCAAAGGGUCUGGACGUGCUAAAUCCAUUGGUGUGUCUAACUUCAUACAGGAGCACCUUGAGAUCAUCCUUGCCACAGCUAAAAUCACACCAGCCAUCAACCAAAUCGAAUCCCACCCCUAUCUACAGCACGGUAACCUUGUAGAGUACCAUCACAAGAACAACAUAGCUUUAUCGGCCUAUGCGCCGUUAACAGCUAUUAUCCGCGCUAGACCGGGUCCUGUAGAUGCCCUUUAUGCGAACCUGGCCAGUAUAUAUGGUGUUACGGAGGGGGACAUUGCGUUGCGUUGGUGUAUUGAUCAAAAUAUCGUGGCUAUCACGACGAGCUCGAGUGAGGAGAGGUUGAGGAGCUAUAUGGCGAAUGUGUGGAGUUUUAAGCUAGCUUCUGAGGAAAUUGAAGGUAUCUCGAUGCUGGGGAAGCAGAAGCACUUUAGGGCAUUUCAGAAUCAGUGGAUUGCAGAGGGUGACUGGCGAUAG